CUUUGUUCUUUCUCUUUCCCCCUUUCCUCGAGGCAGCCAUGGCAGCUGAGGGUCCCCUGAAGGAGCUCUGCGAGGAAGCCUCUUGCUCCAUCUGCCUGGACUUUUUCAAUGACCCGGUGACCAUCGCUGAGUGCGGCCACAACUUCUGCCGGGCCUGCCUGACCCGCAGCUGGGGGGAGUCGGGGGCCGCCGAGCCUUCCUGCCCCCAAUGCAGAGGAAAGGCGCGGGAGGGGAGCCUCCGCCCGAACCAGCAGCUGGCCAACGUUGUGGAAAUCAUUAAGAAGCUCAGCCCUUUGGAAGAGAAAGGAGCGGAAGCGAAGGGGGGAGAAGGGAAAGGGGGCGUCUGCGAGAAGCACCGGGAGCCCCUGGAACUCUUCUGCAAGGACGACGAAGCCCCCCUCUGCGUGGUCUGCGGCAGAUCCCAGGAGCACCGAGGUCACCGGGUGACUCCCCUGGAGGAGGUGGCUGCCAGAGAGAAGAAGGCAGUCGUGGCGGCUAUAAGGGAAAGAGUUUGCCAGAAGCACCAGGAGCCGCUGAAGCUCUUCUGCAAGGACGAUGAAGCCCCCAUCUGCGUGGUCUGUGAGCAGUCCCAGGAGCACAAAUAUCACAAUAUUGUUCCUGUGGAGGAGGCUUCCCAAGAAUACAAGGCUCAGUUCUGCACUUGUGUGGAGAUUUUGCGGAAGGAGAGAAACAAAAUCCUUGCGUACAAAGUCAGUAUAGUGAAGGAAAGCCAAGACCUGCUCAAACAAACCAAAGGAGAGCGGCAGAAGACAGUGACCAAAUUCAAACAGCUGCACAUGUUUCUGUAUAAGCAAGAGAAGCUUCUGCUGGCCCAGAUGGAAGAGGUGGAGAAGGAGGUGGCAAGAAAUAGGGACCAGCAUCUGGCCGAAAUCUCUGAGGAACUCUCCUCUCUGGAAAGCCUCAUCCGGGAGAUGGAGGAGAAGAGUCAGCAGCCAGCCGGAGAUCUCCUGCAGGAUGCCAGAAGCACCUUACAGAAGUAUGAAGAAAAGGAGGCAUUUGAGAAUCCAAUGGCUUUUUCUCUUGCACUGAAGUGGCGUAUCUGGGACUUCUCGGAUGUAAGUCCCCUUUUGGAGGGCAUCAAGAAGCAUCUCAAAGACACUCUGGAUUCUGGACUUCACCCGCAGAAAGCAAAACUGACUCUGGAUCUGGACACAGCCCAUCCCAAACUUGUCCUGUCUGCGGAUCAAAAGACUAUGAGAGAAGGAGAAAAAGCUCAAGAUCUGCCCAACAGUCCUGAAAGAUUUGACAACUGGGGUAUUGUGCUGGGCCGUGAGGGAUUCACAGGAGGCCGCCAUUUCUGGGAAGUCCUUGUGGGAAGUGAGGAAGACUGGGCUGUGGGGGUGGCCAGAAAGUCUGUCAGGAGGAAGGAACAGAUCACCUUUCGUCCUAAGGAUGGUAUCUGGAAAUUAGGGAAGUGGGGGGGCAGCUACCGGCCUCAGAUAGAAAAUGAUGUCCUUCCCCUGCCUGGGGAGCUCAAGAGGAUACAAGUCAGUCUGAACUAUGCUGGGGGGCGAGUUGCUUUUUUUGACGCUGACCGAGCAGCCCUUCUGUAUGAGGUCUCUGGAGCCUCCUUCUCUGGAGAGACCCUCCUGCCCUUCUUCUGGGUGCGUUCAAAAGGCCAACUCACAAUCUCUUCUUAAUACGUUUUCUUCACACCAGGACCAUUGAGAAGAAAAUAUGAUUUCUCAAGAGCCCCACUUUUUUGAGUCCUGUAAAGGCCUCUCCAGGCUCCCAGCCACUGAAACUGACUUGAAUAAAAUUGAGACAAUUUCCUCUCCAUUUCCCAACAUUCCCGUUUUUCUCUGUCUUCUUUCUGAAGGCAGGAAUUAACACAUUUUCACAUCAUAAAGAAUAACAGGCUUGUUCUAAAGGAGAGCUCUGAAUAGACCCUCUGCGCCCUCUUCAGCCUCUUUUUCUCUCAAGCUCAAGAGAAACUACCGCAGAACCUACAGAGGAAGAAGAAGAAGAAGAGGAGAUUGGAUUUAUACCCCGCCCUUCAC